ACAUGGGUAAGUCUUUUUCCCGUUUGCCUUUGCAUUCAAAUAAAGAAGAUGCCUAUGAUGGACUCGCAUCAACUGAAAACAUGAGGAAUGGAUUGGUCAAUAGUGAAGUCCAUAAUGAAGAUGGAAGAAGUGGAGAUGUCUCUCAAUUUCCUUAUGUGGAAUUUACAGGAAGAGAUAGUGUCACUUGUCCUACUUGCCAAGGAACUGGAAGAAUUCCAAGGGGACAAGAAAACCAGCUUGUGGCAUUGAUCCCAUAUAGUGAUCAGAGAUUGAGACCAAGAAGAACAAAACUGUAUGUGAUGGCUUCCGUGUUUGUCUGUCUGCUUCUUUCUGGAUUGGCUGUGUUUUUCCUUUUCCCUCGCUCUAUCGAUGUGAAAUACAUUGGUGUAAAAUCAGCCUAUGUCAGUUAUGAUGACCAAAAGCGUGUGAUAUAUUUAAAUAUUACAAACACACUAAAUAUAACAAACAACAAUUAUUAUUCUGUUGAAGUUGAAAACAUAACUGCGCAAGUUCAGUUUUCUAAAACAGUUAUUGGAAAAGCACGAUUAAGCAACAUAACCAAUAUUGGUCCAUUGGAUAUGAAACAAAUUGACUACACAGUACCCACUAUUAUAGCAGAAGAAAUGAGUUAUAUGUAUGAUUUCUGUACACUACUAUCCAUCAAAGUACAUAAUAUAGUACUUAUGAUGCAAGUUACUGUGACAACAACAUACUUUGGACACUCUGAACAGAUAUCCCAGGAGAGGUACCAGUAUGUUGAUUGUGGAAGAAACACAACAUAUCAGUUGGGACAGGCUGAAUAUCUAAAUGUACUUCAGCCACAGCAGUAAAAAUUGAAGAGAUAAAGUGAGAGCUGAAAUACUGCUAUUUUCGUAACUCUUCGAGGAUAAGAUACUUUCUAAUAGGAGAUUCUAAAUUGAGCAAAUCUAAAGUUUACACUCCUGUUAAGAAAGCUAAAAAUAUGUGGUUUUGCAGUUAUUGCAACUCUCCUUUCUGUGUUUAUUAUAAUUGUAUCAGGAUCUUUUACUUGAAUCUAAAUUUACAGAUUAAUGUUCUUCAUGUCCCCUCAAGGGAGAACUGAAAUUUCCCUGUAGACAAUUCAUAUGUGUAGAAAGUUCACUGCUCCAAUAACUACAUAAAACAUAACUUUAGUAAAUAUAAUUUGGAAGACUUUGAUUUUAAAUGAUUUUAUAGAUAUUAUUAAGAAGACUUCAUGGAAGACUGUUAAAAGAUAACCUUUUUUCCCUGUUUUAUAAAUUGCCAUGUAGCAUUAGGAAUUUAUAAAACCUUUGACUUCAUAAUGUUUUAGCUGUUAGCUAAACAUCUUUUCACUUAAUUGAAAUCCUAUUCAUUUAUAUGUUGUCUGUCAUAGUUAAAGCCACUGCUUGCCUAACACUUAGAAACCAAAAUAAUCUUUGCAAAUCCUGUACCUAAACUUUUAAAAAUACCUGAAUAAUGUAUUAUAUGUCUUUCCACAUUAGUUAUAAUUUUGUGAAAAUUUUCUGUAAUCUUUGUUCAUUAAAUGUACAAUACUGUAAAUAAACUGCAUGCCUUUUUUACAGCUUUAAUAAAUACUAAUAAAGUGGUUCAGGUUCAAAAUUAA